AUGAAAGACGAGCAGAUUGUCGGCGCCGCUUUGGCCGAGGUCCUCCCCAAGAUCGACAAGUACUGGUUCCAGCAAUCACAUCUGUUGAGGUUGAACCUGCUUCUCUUGAUUCCUCUCUUGUCAUCGUCGGUUGCCGGAUAUGAUGGAUCGUUGAUGAACGGGCUGCAGUCGCUCCAACAAUGGCGAGAGUAUUUCGGACAUCCAACCGGUGUGAAACUGGGCGUUGUCAAUGCCGCGCAAUCAAUCGGAUCUGUUCUGGCUCUUCCAAUCAUCGGAUACCUCGCGGACCGCUUCGGCCGAAAGCCUGUCCUCCUUUCGGGCAUCAUCCUCAUCAUCGUUGCGACGAUCAUCCAGUCGACCUCGAUCAACCUGCCGAUGUUCAUUGUCUCUAGACUCGUUGUCGGAUUUGGAGGCAUGUUCGUGGUCCAUCCAAGUCCACUGCUCAUUGCAGAGUUGGCUUAUCCGACACACCGCGGAAAGUACACCUCGGCAUACUGGACUAUGUACUACCUGGGUGCUAUUCUAGCUUCAUGGACUACAUUCGGCUGCCAGGAUUACACUACCGAAUGGUCGUGGCGAAUUCCCAGCAUCCUCCAAGCUGGCUUCCCCAUCGUCCAGCUCUGCUUCUACUUCAUGGUCCCGGAGUCCCCCAGAUGGCUCAUUGCAAAGGAGAGAACAACCGAAGCAGCUGCAAUUCUCGCUCGAUACCACUCCGGCGCGCAAGACCCAACCGAGGCCCACACACCCCUCGUCCGCCGCGAAAUCGCCGAGAUCGUACAGACAAUCCGACAAGAAAAGCUGGCGGAAACCACCGGCUGGGCGUCUCUUGUAUCCACCUCAGGCAACCGCAAACGGACCCUGAUCGCCGUAUUAGUCGGCGCAAUGGCUCAGUGGAAUGGCAUAGGUGUGGUGUCGUACUACCUGACUUUGGUGCUGAACACCGUGGGCAUCACCGACACAUUCGACCAAACACUCAUCAACGGCCUCCUUCAAAUAUUCAACUUUGGCGCCGCUCUCAGCGCGGCAUUCCUUGUGGACCGUCUCGGUCGGAGAACUCUCUUUCUCUGGUCAGGGGUUGGCAUGUUCAUCUCGUACAUCGUCUGGACCGCCUGCUCGGCCGUCAACUCAGACACGGGCUCCAAACCCGCGGGAAUCGUCGUGGUCGUCUGUCUGUUCACGUUUUACUUCCAUUACGACAUUGCGUACACCCCGCUUCUCAUGGGAUAUCCUACCGAGCUCUUCUCGUACUCGCUGCGGUCUAAGGGUAUUGCGGUAGAGCUGCUUGCGAUCUACGGUUCGCUCAUCAUCCAGGCGUUCGUCAACCCCAUCGGAAUGGAGAACAUUGAAUGGAAGUAUUACAUUGUGUUCUGUUGCCUCUUGGCGGUCUUCCUGUUCAUAACGUGGUACCUCUUCCCGGAAACAAAGGGACAUAGCUUGGAGGAGAUUGCAGUCAUCUUUGAUGGGCCACAGGCUGUUGAGAACUUUGAGGGCAGCUCGGACAUCAAGGAGGAAAAGAUUCUGGCUAGUGGCGGUAUAAGCACUGCGGUACAUAAGGAGGAAGCCUAA